UCAAAGACGAUACAAACAAUGCCAUCAUUUGACACGGUUGAUUCUGAAUGUCGUGAGUUGAAUCAGGUACAUCAGUUUCAAAAUGGCGGUAAAUGUGGAGUCUGCGGGGAUGAGUACGGAAAACCCCAACUUUACUCACCACCUGGUAAAUUUGCCACUGGUACCAUCACCAGGAGCUAUGCGAUGGACAGUAAUGCCUCAAUGACGUUUGAAAUCACUGCAAGCCAUCGAGGUUACCUUGAGUUCAGAAUUUGUCCGAACAAUGAUGUGAACAAGGCAGCCACACAGGACUGUCUUGACCAGUAUAUACUUUCUGAUGUCCAAACAGGAGGAACCAAAUUUUAUUUUAAUUAUCAGACAGGAGGGAAAUUCACAGUAACGGUUUCACUGCCUAAGGGUUUAACUUGUUCUCACUGUGUUAUUCAGUGGCGAUAUCGUACAGGAAACAGUUGGGGAUGUGUAAAUGAUGAUGCAUCAAAUCCUGAAAAUUGUGGCAUCGGAAAAGGAAGACAGGAAGAGUUUUAUGCAUGCGCAGACGUUGCAAUUAACAAUAAUGGUAAUGUCGCAUUUACUUCGACAUCAUCUACAGUUGCAACUACUUCAACCACAAUGUUUAAAGAUUCUACAACUUCGCAACCGUCGUCUACACCAAUUAAACCAUCGACAGCUUCUGCCUCAACACGCUUGACAACAGUAUUAUCUACGGUGACAACUUCUUCAUCCAUACUAUCUUCAACAACAACAAAAUCCGUACAGGUCAAAUGUACUGCAAUAGGAGCCUUUAAAGGAAAUUCUGUUAUGGACUGGUGGUGUAAAAUCAACUGUCAGGUUGGAUACUGCCCAACAACAUACUGUAGUGAGGGUUGUAGUUCAACUUCGGUCAGUUUUCCAACCACCGUUACCUCAGCCAGUAACCCAACAACCCUUACUUCAACCAGCAUUCCAACAACUGUUACUUCACCUAGAACAACCAGAACUUCCACAACAAACAAGAAAACAACAUCAGCGACAACAGUAUUAACCACUCGUAGCUCAACCGAAGGUCCGCCUACCGAAACUGUUACCUGUGUUGGAACAGGCGCAUGGAAAGGCAAUACAGCAAUGACUGCUUGGUGCGAUGCUAACUGUAAACUAGGUCACUGUCCUCCAAGUCACUGUCAGUGUCUUAAAGAUGGCUCACUGACCGAAAUAACGUAUGGUUUAGGUGAUAAAUGCGCUACUGUGAUGCCAAAUAUUUCUACAAACUACAAACUGUAUAUGGAUCUUUGGUGUAAACAUAAUUGUCCAAGUUUUGGAUGUUGGAAUAUUCCACACAUUUGUGUAUGUUAAAUAGGGGAAAAAAAUAUUCAAAAUCUAAACAAUUAGGCAUAUCAACCAUUUACUCGAAUCAGAUUUUCCUUCCAGAUUGAAUCAUGAUUUGGGUAGACAAGUGGCGUUGUUUCUUGUUUAUUUAUCAUUAUUUUAUAAUUAAAAAGGAGAAUGAUGAAUUGCGAUGGUAUCAUAUUUUUUAAAAGAAUAAAUUCAUUUGCAAACACGGAGAAUUCACUUCAAUAAACGAAAAUAUGGAAAAUAGAUACCAGAUCUAGACACACUCCGGACUUGGUUGUUUACAAUAAUAAACUUUAUUCAUUAAAAAUAUUGGGUCUGUCCUACUGAGUUCAAAUUAACUAAAAAGCAUUGAAUACCAUAUUGGUGUGGAAUGCAUAAGAUUAUAAAUUUUGUAAUGAAGGUAUCUUGCAUACGAAAUGAUAAUCGUAAAAGGAGUCUCUAUACCAUCAGUAAUAUUCAAGCGACAGUAGUCAAUGUCCGUUUUAUCGAAUUGU